CUUAUACUUUAAGUAUCUCAAUCCUUUUUUGUGCCUAAAAUUGUCGCAGCCUUUUGAUUCCUCUUUUAAUUACUGUUAAUUGUUGUUGUUGUUGUUUUUUGCUCUCACCGUGUAAAUAAUAACAAAAUAAUAAACAAACACAAAAAGUAUUAUCAGUAAUUAAAUCGUGUAAAUUUAGUGCUCAAUGGAUAAAUCAACAGAGCCAAUUAUAAUUGCUAAUCACAAACAAGAACCCAUCAAAUCUCAUGCUAAUCCAGUUAGUCCAACUUUAAAUGUCCACAACAAGAACCAUCAGUUUAUUGAUCUGGGGUAUGACUCUUUACAUUCAACUCCAAGACAACAACCUGUUGGACCAAUGGAUGAAAUGAGAGAAUUCCAUGAAUCUGAAAUGGGUGAAAUAAUGGACGAUAAUUUGAGUGGUAAAAGUACCUCAAGUGAACCACAAUUAGCAUUUAAUUUGAAAAGAGCGACGAAAAAGUUUUUUCAUAUUUCAAAAGUUUCGAGUAAAAAAAAAUGCACCAAGAAAUAUUUUGAUCAAGAUGAUAUUGAUAAUCCAAAAAGGAGCAAUAAACUUGAACCAAUCGGUGAAAAAGUUAUCGUCAGGGAAGAAUGGGAUAAGAAGAUUGAUUUCCUAUUCUCGAUAAUUGGAUUUGCAGUUGAUUUGGCAAAUGUUUGGCGAUUCCCUUACCUGUGCUAUAAAAAUGGUGGUGGAGUGUUUUUGAUUCCGUACACUUUGAUGUUACUUUUCGGAGCUUUACCCCUUUUCUUCCUGGAAUUAGCAUUGGGACAAUUUGCUAAAUCAGGACCAAUUAACGUUUGGGACAAAAUGUACCCCGCGGCAAAAGGUGUCGGCUACUGUGCUGUCCUAAUUUCUUGGUACGUUUCAUUUUAUUAUAAUGUUAUCAUCGGUUGGACCAUUUAUUAUAUAAUAACAACAAUUACUUCAGGGGAUCUACUUCCUUGGCAGCAUUGUGAUAAUGAAUGGAAUACCAAGGAAUGUUUCGCCGUUAAUAGGAUAAUUAAUUGUCCUAAUUGCACAGAUAUGAUUCCAUCGCAUAAUUUAUCAACUGCAGCUCAAGAAUUUUUCGAGCGAAAGUUAUUACAGAUCGAUUCGUCGAAAGGGUUAAGUGAACUGGGAAGCUUAAGGCCAGAAAUGGUUGGAUGCGUUGCGAUCACUUUUAUUUUACUUUAUUUCUCACUUUUCAAAGGAGUCAAAUCAUCAGGAAAGGUAGUUUGGGUCACUGCCACUGCUCCUUAUGUUAUACUGACCAUCCUGUUGAUACGAGGAGUCUUUUUACCAGGAGCAGGUAUGGGAAUUACUUAUUAUUUAAGUCCACGGUUAGAGAAACUUCAACAACCCGGUGUUUGGACUGAUGCUGCAAUUCAAGUAUUUUAUUCAAUCGGAGUUGGAUUUGGAGUCCAUCUUACCUAUGCAUCAUUCAAUAAAUUCAACAACAAUUGUUACAGAGACGCUCUUCUAACCGCUUGUGUAAACUCUUGUACCUCAUUUUAUUCUGGAUUCGUUAUAUUCAUUUACCUUGGUUAUAUGGCUCAAAGUUUGAAGACUGAUAUUUCAACUGUGGCCAAGGAGGGAUAUGGUUUGGUCUUUCAAGUUUACCCUGAGGCCAUUUCCACUUUACCAUUAGCCAAAUUAUGGUCAAUAUUGUUUUUUGUCAUGUUGGUCACUCUUGGUUUAGAUUCAGCUAUGGGAGGAUUAGAAGCGGUGAUUACUGGUAUCAUGGACGAAUGGCAGAUUAAGCGGAUUAGCCGAGAAUCUUUAACAGCUAUUGUUUUAUCUGCUUCUUUUCUUGUCUCUUUAAUAAAUUGUACUCAGGGGAGGGGUUAUACUAUGGUUUGGUUUGACAGCUAUGCAGCCGCCGUUUCAUUAUUAUGCUCAGCUCUGUUUGAGGCUUUAGCAAUAGCUUAUGGAUAUGGUAUCGAUCGUUUUUGUCUUGAUGUUGAAUCAAUGCUCGGCUUUAAACCAGUUAUAUUUUGGCGAAUCUGUUGGAAAUAUAUUUCUCCAUUGUUUCUUAUAAGCAUCAUUUUACUUUCUAUUACUCGACCUGAGCCAAUUAUAUUCAUGAAUUAUGAAUUCCCGUUUGAAGCUAAUUUCCUCGGAUGGAUUUUUGGACUUUCAUCAGUGUUUCCAGUUCCGGUUAUCGCGAUCUAUUACCUCUUGAGACAUCAUUUAUUCAAAAGAAAUGAUCUGGGUCGAACGGUAGUUUGUGAUCGAGAUGCAAUUUCAUUACCUUUCCAAUCAGCAGUUUAUAUUUAGGAGAAGAUGAUUUUCUUGUGAUGAGUUAAUUUGCCGAUGGAAUCAAUGGAUUAAUAAACUAAUAGGAUUGUUGAUAGAAAUAAGAAGAAGAAGCAAAAUCAUUUGAUGUAAAUAUGAUAUUUCAAUGGAAGAGUAAGAAAAUUAUUGGAAAGUAGAUUAUU